AUGCUUCAAAGUUCCAACUCCCUUCCUCACUGCAUGUUUCUUCCCCUCCCCCACUUCCCCCCUCAUCCCCUCCCCCCCUCCUCCUCUCCCUCCUUCCCCUCUCCCCCCCUCCCCCCUUACCCCUCUUCCCCCAUCCUCCCUUCCCCCCCCUCUCCUCCGUCCCCCCCUCCUCCCCCAGGUCUCACCCGUGUGUUCUACGGCUGCCCCAACGACUGCUUUGGUGGCUGCGUGCUCACAGCUCGCAUUGCCACCCCUACCAACUCGCAUGCCACACUGCCUUCAAGCCCCUCUUAUGCACUCCCCUCACCCGCCACUCCCUCUCCCUCUUGUCCUGCGCCAUCCCUCCCACACACACCCCUGCCACAAGCCGUCAGCACUCCCGUGCCAUGGGUUUUGAGGCGCCUCGAAAGCCUUCAUCACUCCUGUGCCAUGCUGGUUCUGCGUCUUACCAUUCACUGUCAGUACUUCUCUUCCCUCCCCUCCUCCCCUCCUAACCUUCCCCCUCUUUCCUCCCUAACCUUCUCUCUUCCUACCCUCCUCCCUUCCGUCCUCCCCUCCCCUCCCCUCCCCUCCCCUCCCCUCUCCUCCCCUGCUCCCCUACUCCCCUCUCCCCUGCUUCCCUCGUCCCCUCCCUCCUCGCCUUCCACCAGCAGCCCGGGCGCACAGGGCGUGGAGCUGCUGUGUGAGGGGGGCAUACUGGCCAGCGAGGCAGUGGAACUCUUCCGACGCUUCUACGAGCAGGGCAACCGUAACGGUCUGCUGUCCCUGCUCCACUCUUCCCCUCCCCGCACCCACCACUAG